AUGAACUUCAGAGUUGGUGAAACUGUACGUGUUGGACAGAAUGGAAAACGUGGUAAAAUUGUGUCUAUUGAAAAACCCUUAGGGACAUAUACAUAUUACGUUAUUCACUCCUUUGACGGUGAGAUGAUCAGGUGUGCAAGGCACGAAUUAAUCAAAGGUCUUGAUGACCAUGUCGUAUUUGAUAAGGAACUGCUUCAGCUAUUCAAUCCUCAAAACUCUCCUCCUCAGCCAACAAGCGAGUCGUCCCCACCCCCGGGCCUAUCUAUUGCUACCCCACCCCAUGACCAACUAGCCACCGCUCCAUCAUCAAGCACAAUCCCUCCAACACCCAGCGCAACUAGCCUGCCCCCUCGGGCAAACACUCCUAAGGAUACCCAUGGUGCACCUGAGCAAAAGAAUAAAACUCAGACAUUCAACCCAAGAUUUAUAACUACCACACCUGACGAUGUAGACGAUUUUAUAACAGAAAAUGAAAAUGCAAGCACAAAAAGAAAGACAUCUGGUUAUGUAAAGCUGCUCCGAGAUUUUUUAUCAACACAAACAGAAACCCGUGAAAUCUCAGAUAUUCCAUAUAGUGAGCUCGAUCAACUUCUCGCUCAAUUUUUCAUGAGUGUCCGACAAAAAGAUGGCUUGGAGUACGAGCCAACAAGUCUCAGAGGAAUGUUAGGAAGCUUCGAAAGGGUACUUAAACAAAGGAAAUACGGGGAAAGUUUGAUAACAUCUGUUUGUUUCUCAAAAACAAGCAAAAAAAUCUUAAAAAAACAAGGCUUAGGAAACCAACCAAAAACCGCAGAUGCAAUUUCCGACGCUGAAAUUAACCAACUCUAUGAUGCUGGAGAACUGGGAGCUAAUUCGCCCAAUUCAAUAUUAAACACGUUGUGGUUCAACAACACUUUGCUGUUUGGAAUGAGGAGUGGGGCAGCAGAGCAUAGGGCUUUAUGCUGGGGUGACAUACACCAUGGAUACGAUCCUGAAUUGGAAAGAGAAUACCUGGAAUAUAAUGAACGACAGACAAAGACCAGGACGGGGGCAGACAUAUCUUUGUUUAGAAAAAAACCCAGAGCAUAUGAAAAUUUGGAAAACCCCGAGAGAUGUCCGGUUAAAAUAUAUAAAACAUACAAAGAAAAAAGGCCCUGUGACUUCUCCGGAAAUGAUCACCCAUUCUACCUGGCCGCUAGUACAAUAAAAAGUCCAACAAUGUAUGACCAGUGGUUUUCGAGAUGUCCUGUAGGUCAGAACAAAUUGAAAAACCUGAUGAAAACAAUGACAAUCAACGCAAAUAUAAAAGGUGAGAAACGACUUACAAACACUUCUGUCAGGAAACAUCUAUGUCAGAAACUCCUGGAAAACGACAUCCCGGACACACAAGCCGUACAAAUCACCGGACACAAAAAUCCUAAUUCACUAAACAAUUACCGGGCAAUGACGAGUGCACAAAAACGUAACAUUUCCUCCAUGCUUUGUAACACUAAUCCCAAUGAUGGAGGUCAAACAAACACAUGUGCACAACAGACAUCGGAACGGUCUGUUUUUACAGGAAGUGUAAUAAAUGGUGGUGUUUUCAAUAUCACAAUUAACAACAAUCCAAUAAUAAAUCCGCCAACAAAUCGUGGAGCUAGACGUCCAGUUAUCACCGACUCCGACGACGAUUUGUAA